GUAGGCUUAUCGAUUAUCUCGGGUACGCCACUGCUGUAGAGCUGUGUAGCAUACACUAUAACUACAAAGCCAUUGCCGGUGAUUCAAAUGGCGAAAAAGGAGGGAAUUGGAGUAUGUAGCAAAGAAAAUGAAAAUAAUUAUAAUGCAGACAGCUAUGUUACACAAGCAUAAUGCUGCCAAAAUACCCGAAAAAUGAGGCUUGCUAGAGGGCGCUGUUCAAAUAUGUAUGGCCACAGACUCGGAUGGCCGUCCUGAUGACCCAGACUAACUAUCCACACAUCAUGUACAUAGCAACAGCAAUAUUCAGUGCUCGAGAUAAAAAGUAGACUUAGCCUAUGGUUUAUUUUCAGAGUUGUCUUCGUUUUUACGUGUAUAGUUUGAUAUCAAAGCAGUCAUAUGCCCGAGUCAGAGGUUAUGGAGGCUCCACAGAUUUUUGUGGAGCGGACACUGGCCCUUAUCAAGCCAGAGGCGGUAGAUAAAGCCGAAGAAAUCGAAGAAAUUAUUCUUCAAUCUGGCUUCACCAUUUUGCAGAAGCGGCGCGUGCAUCUGACCCCGGAGCAGACCAGCGAUUUCUACGCUGAGCAUUACGGCAAGAUGUUCUUCCCUUCACUUGUUGCCUACAUGAGCAGUGGGCCUAUCAUUGCCAUGGUACUGGCCAGAGAUAAUGCCAUCGCCUGCUGGCGAGAGCUGUGUGGGCCAACCAACACCAACAAGGCCCGGGAAACACACCCGGACAGCAUCCGGGCUCUCUAUGGCACAGACGACCAGAAGAAUGCCGUCCACGGAAGUGACAGUCAGUACAGCGCAGAGAGAGAAAUCAGAUUCAUGUUCAAUGACAGUAUUGUUGAGCCGAUCCCCGCCGGGCAAGCUGCCAAGGAUUAUCUGACCAAAGUGGUCAACCCGACGUUGUUGAGGGGUCUCACAGAGCUCUGUAAACAGAAGCCCGAAGACCCAAUCACGUGGCUUGCCGAUUGGCUGAUCAGCAACAAUCCCAACAAGCCACGGAUUCAGGAGCAGUGUCGGGUGGAGGAACCCAUGUGAUCACCUUCCCAAUCCUCACCGAGACGCCAGGAAAACUAUCAACAAUCCAGAUUCCAAAUUACAGUCCUAGAGUUCGGGAUAGCUUCAGGGAAGGUUGGAUAGGUGGGCCAAAGCAGAAAAAAAAGGAUACCUCUAUUUGUGCUGAGAAUUGAAGCCACAUCCAAAGCAUGUGGCUGUGGCUAGAGGCAAUGCAUGUUUCUAUGGGGAAUGCAUAAAGCCACCAGCUGUCAGCCCCCAUAGAAACGUGUGUCAUGAUCAGCCGUAGCGGUGUAAUUCAGUCUCAGCCUUAGGCCGUCAGUAGUUAAUUUUGUGGUUUCCAUGUAGAGUCAAACAUUGAACCAGUUUCAUCCAUAUCAACGACAGGGAUGGUACAGUAGUAAACCUGAUCAAGUGCCCUCCGAUUUGCAGGGUAAAUCCUUCUCAUGAAUCGUUGAGGCAUUGUGAAUAGGGAGCGUUCCAUUUUGUCAGGUGUUGAAUUUCUCACCUGUUCAUCAAAAACUAGUUUAGCUUUGACAGCACAGGCACCGGUAUUUCAAGGUCGAAAAUGACGUAAAACUGCUAAAAUUGUCUGCCUGAAACUGUCUGCUUUAACUCCAGACUUGGCCCUAAAUUUUCCCCGACCAAGGUGAAUCAGGUAUGUGUAUUAUACAAGGAAAAAGUUCCGAAAGAAAUUAAUUUCUGAUUGAUAAACAAGACCUGCCAAGAAUAAAUCUAUUAUGGAUUUGGCCGACAAUUUUACUGCGUCAAUGUGCCCACAAAAGUUUACAUUCAAUUGUUUAAUAUCUUAUGUACCUGUAAUAUACAUGUACGGUGUUGACUUCUUUUUUGUAACAUGUCUUCUUUCAUGUUCGAAGUUUGAUAAAAGUGAUGUAAAAUAAAGACAGAGUAUGCGUAGCUCUUGCAUUCUUAUUUAAACUUAAAACAGAAAAUGUUCAACCUGUUUCUUAAAAACAUUGCACUUUGCUGCAAGCUUUCUUAUCUAGCACAUCUUAAAAAUUCGUUUUUCAUGGUGAGAAAGCUUGGAAAUAAUUUUUUAAAGUUUAGUUACGGUACUUCGAUCGGUUUCCAGCAGAAAAGAUGCGGUUGUGUGGACUGGCUUUUAUCCCUGUGGGAUGCUCAGAGAGGACUGUAAAAAGUAUAUGUAUUACCCAUAACAUGACUUGCUUGUAAAUAUUGUUUCCUUGUUGGUUGCUCAAUAAAUACUGCCAGAAGAGCAUCUGUUUUGGAA